AUGGAGGCUAUUUCUUAUGCUAUUUUGACCCUGGCAUUGGUAUCUACUCUAGCCCUUGUCUCAAAAAAUUUCUUACCCCAAUCCCAGAAGCUAAAAUUUCCACCAGGCCCCAAACCAUGGCCUAUAAUUGGCAACCUCAACCUCAUUGGUCCUCUGCCUCAUCAAUCCCUUCACAAAUUGUCCCAAAUUUAUGGACCAAUAAUGCAGCUCAAGUUUGGCUCCUAUCCAGUUGUGAUUGCCUCAUCUGCAGAAAUGCAAUCUCACUUGGGCACCUCAUGCUCAAAGAUACUAGAGACUGUCGAAUACAUUCGUGUUGAGGAAAAUCGUGCCUUUCUCUCGCGGCUCUGUGCCUUGUCAGGCAAGCCAACCCUGCUCAAAGGGCAUCUGUCACGCCUAACUCUUACCAUUAUAAGUAGAAUUGUGUUGGGUAAGAAGUAUUUUAGCACGUCCGAAUCUGAGAGUUCGAUAGUGACACUAGAAGAAUUUCAAAAGAUGUUAGAUGAGCUGUUCUUGCUUAAUGGGGUUUUGAACAUAGGGGAUUGGAUCCCAUGGGUUCAGUUUUUUGACUUGCAAGGGUUUGUAAAACGAAUGAAGGCCUUAAAGAAAAAAUUCGACCGGUUUCACGAUCAUGUGUUUGAUGAACACAGGGCAAAGAAGGAAGGAGUUAAAGAUUUUGUGCCAAAGGACACGGUGGACUUACUGUUGCAGCUGGCUGAAGAUCCAGAUAUUGAAGUUAAGCUCAAUUAUGACAGUGUCAAGGGAUUCACUCAGAUAUGAUUUAAUAGCAGGAGGAACUGAUACCUCUGCAACCACUGUGGAGUGGGCAAUGUCUGAGCUCAUGAAACAACCACACCUC